AUCGUAGCGUCAAACAAAAACUAGGAUCUAUGGAAGAAUAUAACGAGGAUGAUAUCGAUAUAGCAACAUAUUUUGAGGAAACUUCUCACUCUGAAGCUCACAUACAGCAUUUUGCUAAACAUAAAGGGUUUAAGGUACGACUUGGGCGUUUGAAAACAGUAAAUACUGCAGAAAAUGAAAAGGCAACUCGAAAAUGGACUAUUCUUUGCAAGCACUCAGGUUUAUUUAAACCAAAAGAUAGUGCAUGGCAAAGUACUUUAACCCAUAUAAUGUGUCCAUGGCAUAUUAACCUUUCAUGUCCUUUAAAAGAUAAUCCUGGUUUUCGCAUAAUUGUUACCACCUUUAAUGAUAAUCAUAACCAUGAUUUAUCUUAUGAAGCAAUACAAUUUGAAAAAAAACAGUUUACUGAAGAAAUGUGGCAAGAAGUUGAAUUUCUGGUUACUAAGUGCCAGCUUGGCGCAACCAUAGUGUGA